GUACAAUACCUGGCUAUGUCAUGUCCUAUACUGCACACUGUGUAUCUCAGACGAUGCCGAAAUAUUACAGACGACGCUAUCAUCACGAUAUCACAACACUGUCGUCAACUCAUGCAGCUGAACAUUGGCGGAUGCCAGCAGUUGACAGACACUUCGUUGAUGGCUCUGGGUCAAAACUGCAGAAUGCUGAAAUGUGUUAAUUUCAACCAAACAAGGGUAACAGAUAAUGGCGUAAUUGGUUUAGUAACUGGAUGUUGUAAGCAGUCCCUAAUGGAAAUCCAUAUGAGUCGUUGUGUUCAUCUUACAGAUGACUCGGUUGAAGCUGUCAUGGAAUCCUGUCCUCGGAUAUCAAUACUUUUAUUUGAUGGAUGUCCACUGAUUACCGAACGUUCAAGAGAAGCCAUUGAAGAAUUGAGUGGACCAAAUACAAAGAUGAAACAGCUAACUUGGACUGUAUAUUAAAGACAACUUGUAUUACACAUUCUGCGCGAUGACUGUAGUGCUUUGACAUUUCAAUAUAUUUUUGAGGAAAAAAAUCCACAUUAUACUCGUCUCUCA